AUGAAUUCUCAAGAAAUAACAUCAAAAAAGAAUUGUGCUAGAUCGUAUCCCGUUGGUGUUCGACUGAGAAAAAAUGAUAAAUUUGGAGCUGAAAUCAGACAUCCAAUCAAAAAGAAAAACAUUUGGUUGGGUACUUUUGGCAGUGUUGAUGAAGCUUCUGCAAGAUACAAGUCCAAGAAGCGCGAAUUUGAAGAAUUGAUCCUAGCUAAAAGAUCAAAAAGUGAUCAGAUUUCUGAAAAAUCUGACAAAAAGACUUGUUCAGAUGAUGGAUCUAAAAAAAAUUCAUCAAUGGGUGUUACUGAAAACUCGUAUCCACCAAAGGGAGUUGAGGAAAAAAUCACUGAAGAAAUUGGGAGAGAAACAGAUGAAGAACUAUUUAAGGGGACCUGGGUAAAAGUUUCAGACGGCAGGGAAGUGAAAGUUUCACAUAAGUUAGAGGUUCCAGUUGUUGAUAACUAUGGAUAUUUGGUUGGUGAAUUUAGUGCUAUAGAUGAUCUUAGCACAGAUAAGUAA